CAAAAUGACAAGGAACACUGCUUCCAUGGUUCAAACUACAUAUAUAGCUUUGCCCUCCCAGCCUCCUCCACAAUAUCGGGAAUACCCUGUAUGACGAAUCCUCCACCAUUUGCAAGGAGUUCAUCGCUAGAAAUAAGGAUGACAUAGAAAUGGUUGCUACUCAUUUUCCAUCUCAGAACUUGUGGCCACUUCUGUGGAAGCAACUGUUUUUUAUCUUCAGUCUUUAUAGAUUCUCCAGUGCACAAGAUAACAGCACAACUUGUGGUGUUCCAUGGGUUGAACCAUUGGCUGAUACAUCCAUCACCUGCCACUUGCCUACAAAUGUCAAUCAGCUAAAUGCUUUUUUCGGUGUCUCUUUCGAGAGUGAUAAAGAAAAGAAAAGCCAAGACAUUUUGGACUGUGGAUGGCACCCAGGAAAGAUGGUCUGUUCUAUUUACAGACCUGGAUACAAAUACGAUAACACAACACAUGUGUCUAACAAAUUCUCCUUGGAGAUUUUACAAGCUUCUGCAGAACACAUUGGAACUUACAAAUGUUUUCUUGUUAACAUACACACUAAAAAUAACAAGCCAUGUGAAUUCAGGGUAAAAGUAGUGGGGAAAACUAUGUGCGUAAUUUCAUCCCAGGAAUCAAAGACAAGAACAUCACUAACAUGUUACUACCCAGAAGACCUCAACAAGACAAGAACAAACUUCACUGUCUACCAUUACUCCAGAACUGGCUCAGCAGAAGUUAUCAUGGCUUGUGAAUGGAAGGGAGACAACUUGACUUGUAUUAUCAGCCAUGGCUACGAGUUUGAUGACAGAGUGUCCGACUAUCUUACUCUCAAGAUCCCUAUGGCCUUGGAGAGUCUUGAAGGGGCGUACAGCUGUCACAUUUCGGGUGCUCGGCUUCUGCAUUAUGACCUCUGCACCGUCACACCUGAGAAAAGUGAUGCUGUGAACUCAACUUGCCAGAUCCCAAGUGUUGAAGAGGCUGAACCUACUGCACUGACAUGCAAAUUCAGUGUUGAUGUUAAUAGGACUAAAAGUAACUUCACAGUGGUCCAUCAUAGUGAUGGAAACAGUACAGCUGUAGCCAUCAUCAACUGCACUUGGCUAGGAGAUCAUCUGACCUGUGACACCGCUCAGGGAUAUCAGUUUAACAACACUGUUACAGAUGAUGUCAUCAUCCAAGUACCACAAUCAUCACACAAUCACAGUGGAAUGUAUGCUUGCUAUGUGAUGGGUACUGUUAGCAGAAGUUUUGAGCCUUGUGAAUUUAACAUCCGGCCAGCAACAACCUCCUUUUGUAAUAUUUCAAGUGUUCAAGAGAUGGAAGCAAGGACACUGACGUGUACAUUUAAUGUUGAUAUUAACAUGACGAAAAGGAACUUUGCUGUCGUCCAUCUUGGUGGUCAAGACAGAAAAGUAGGUGCUGAUGUCAUAAAUUGCACCUGGAUGAAUGAGCAACUGAACUGCACCACAGCCCCAGGAUACGAGUUCAACAAAACAGUCACAGAUCACUUCAGCAUGAAAAUAUCACAAAUUUCCAAUGAACACAGUGGCAUAUACACUUGCCAUGUUCUGGGCUCUAGGAUAAAUGGAUUUAAACCUUGCGAACUUAUCAUUACACCUGGUGGAGAUACAGGUAGAUCUACAGUUUCAGAUCAAUUCUUCCUUCAUUAUUUACUAAUAGCUGUUGGUGUCAUCCUCAUGUGCAUCCCUCUGAGUCUUAUCAUAGUAAUAAUCGUUAUGAGAAUGAAGAAUACAUCACAUAUAAAUGAAAGAAAUAGGUUGCCUAAUGAGGAGCACAUGUCUGCACAAUCCUUGGCUCCUCAUCCAGUCAGCGAAGACAUAGAUAAUGUUGAUGAAAGCACUCCCAUGAUACAAAGGGAACAUGGUGGUAGGGAUCAUGAAACUUGUGAAAGUUCUGUUGAUGAGGGCAUGGUCAGGAAUCCAACGGAAAUUGUAGACACAAAUCAAAAAGCAUAUCAAGAACAAGACAUUGGAAGGCACUCGUCAAUACAGUCAGAAGUAGAUGAAGGAAGGAAUCAUCGGACAUUUCCACAAAGUGGAUCUCGAAAUAAGGACACGCAACCGUCAUCUAAUGGAGAUUUAACAGGAAAUGAUAAAACACAAGAUGGUCUUCGUAGGCACUCACCCGUUCAGUCAGAUGCACAUGAAGAAGCAGGGAAUCAGACAUCUCUACAAAGUGACAAUCUUGACACACAACCACCAGCUAAAGGAAAUCGUAAGGCAUCUUUGGAAAGUGAAGCUAUUGGGAAAAUGAUGUCAGUGACUUCACAAAAGAAGAAAAAAAGUCGCCAAAAGAAAAAUGUUACAACCGAGGAGUGUUUGUUGCCUAUCACAGAUACCGAAGCUGCUCUUCUUGCUAUGAAAAUUACCCACAUCACACAGAAUCCUGAAAACAAGAAAACCAUCUUAGAACAGCUCCACAAAGAUUGGCUAGAGUGGGUUGAGGCCACGUUCCCUGAUCUCGACUCUCGUUCUUACUUUCUGCCUCCUGUCUACUUCAACCGCGUGCCGAGGACCUUACAGUCCAUUGUUGGUCAAGAUGUACUGAUGCUUCAUUCAACAUCGGAACAUCCUGCUGCAGUUGCUGCUGCUGCUGCUGCUGCUGCUCAGAUGUCGUUUCGCGUUCAGGAGAGUGACUUAAGAGACGAUGCAGCCAGGCAGCGUGUGCUUUUCUGUCUGCAAGAAAUGUUUAAAUUCAGCAGAGAAGGUUUGUUUGCAAUAAGUCAGCUUCGUUUCGAAGAUUACCUGAAUGGAGCUCGCUCCUUUGCCGAGGCUGUCGAGAUACCUUUACCGCACAAAACAGGAAUCUUUGGCAUUCUUCUCAUCCAUCAGAAUUACGGCGUCGUUGUCUGCGAAGUGAAAUCGUUGGGCCUUAAUUUAUCUUCGAAUGAAAUAAACAAUCAGAUCAAGAAAAAACUACAACAAUGUGUCUCACAGCUGGACAAGGCGGAGGCCAUGUUGUCUCACCUGGUGUCCGACAUCGCUCCCGGUCUGCGCAUCACUAAGACCAUCGCUUUCCCCAACCUCACGACUCACCAGGUGCAACAGGCCAUACUAAACGACGACAAGCUGAAUCAGGACCUGAGUACAUGCCUAAGAACAACAGACUGCAACAAUGUCGCUGGCCUUUUCCUCACAUCUGAUCAGUUGUCUGACCCCACGACACCGUGGGAUGUCAGUAGCGAAGUGAUGAAGAAACUUGAGAACUGGUGGCAGAAUCUUGUAACGGCUGAUGGACAUGACAGUCACAUGUCCAGUGACAUUUACAAGAAACUGAUGACCAGAUUCUGUGGUCCAGCCACUAACGUGACAGUACAAUAUACAUCUAAUAGUCGCCACUGUGUGAAGACCCUGGGUCAGGCCGUAUCUUUGACAGGAGAACGCAAUACUGCUGUAAUAACACUCUUCCCGGAGCAAGUUCACCUGCUUAGCGAAAGAUCUUCAAGACUCUUUGUGGCAGGGCCACCUGGUACAGGUAAAACCGUGGUCCUGCAGCUGAAGGGUGUGGAAUGGUUGCAAUACGGUGACGUGUACAUUGUGAGUACGUGGGUGAGUAGUCGUGCUGCGUGUACUUUUCUGCACGAUCGACUGCUGAAGCAUGCUUCUUCAGACUCGACAGUCAUCCUCAAGCAGUAUGACUUGAAAUCUGGAACAGACGUGGAGAAUGCAGUGAAAGAACUGUCAGAGGCGACAGAUCGAAAACCCCUGAUGGUCAUCGCUGAUGAAGUUGGACCUGAUGGGUCAGGGUUUAAGACUUUCUGUGAACAGCUGAUGGAUAAAUUUCCCCAUCUUCAUCUCUGGGCAGCAAGUUGUUAUCACGGAUACUCACCGCAAGGGUGGCCAGUGGAAUAUUUAACCAGACCCCUCCGCUGCCCGCCGGCCGUCGUCAGGGAAGUGAAGCAGGCGAGCGAAAUAGAGAAGGGCAAUGUUCGGGAGUACAGUGACCGAUGUGUGCCCGACCACACAGACGGCCCGCCAGUCAAGCGACUGUAUCACAGAGGACAGGGUCACUCAGGUGACUUGCCAGUUGACUGUGGCAAGUGCGGUGAGGAGGUGGCCAGCUUCCUGCACAGUCUACAUGUUGGAGUUGUUCAAACAACCUCAAAUACCACCGCCAUCUUCUCCAGUGGCAGUGCGGCACCACAUGCUCUGAGAUGGAGUGACGUGCUGGUGCUGUAUCAUGAUGCUGUUAGUGACAGUGCUGGUGUAGUGACGGCACUCAGAACAGCAGGUAUUCCAGUGCAGGUGAAGAGAUGGAUGAAGGACGAUGACAUCAAGGACCUAGUCUCUCCCCGCAGGGAUGUGGUGUGGGUGCUUGGUGGAUAUCACGUUCAUGGAUUGGAGAGAAAGGUUGUCGUCUGCCUUGACCCAGAAGCUUCUUCCGAAAAUCCUACCAUGGAUGUUGGAUUUCGACUGCAUUACAUGUCCAGAUGUACAUCUCAGCUUGUGAUUGUCUCCUCUGGUGACUAGCUAUGUUAACAUGAACCACUGUUUCACAUCUGUCGCCUCAAAUGUUUGUGUUUUGUCAGAGCUAUGGGAUGGACCACAUUUCACUCUUCCAGCUACAACUAAUAUUAUAGCGAAUACUAUUUAUUUAAAAAGAAUAUUUUUGCUGGCAUCCACUUCAGUCUAUGGCAAGUAUACGAGAUCAUGCAAUUUGCACACAAAAAAAUGGUAUAACUACAUUUUUUUUAAAUUGUCAAUAAUUUAUACAAAACAUGCAAAGUAUAUUCAGCCAAUGACAGACAUAUUCACUUUAGGGUUUUCCAAUCCCUAGAAUAAGUUACUUCAGUGUCGACAAAUAUUCUUUAUAAAAUGGACAUUACAUCUUGAUUCUUGAUGAUUCGAGCAAGAGUUCUGCAGUGGGCUACACAUAAAGGCGACGCGUGUUUCUCACCCUGGAUGGCUCUCAAAUAAUUCAUAGUUCAUUUUCAUCUCAUUCUUUGCAUUCUGCCUUAAUUAAGGAUUAUCUAUAUUUUUGUUUUCUAAUAUCUUAUUUUAGAGUUCCACCAUUAAAGAUUUGUUUAUACAACUUUAACCAGGUUAAUUUGCUCAGUUUAUUUAAUAUGUGUAUCAACACAAAAAUGAUUUUUAUGCCAACAGCAAGUGCUCUUUAUGUCUAAGAAAGUUCUGAGCUGCACGUGUUGGUCUGUGAUUGCCAUACAUCUAAUCGAGAUUACAACAAGCUCUUCUAUCUGCAAUAACUUGCACAAAUGAGUAGUUGUCAGUGAUAGAGAGCAAAUAGUCUGAUUGACAGCUGUUCACAUCUUCAGGAUUCCUGGUCAGAAAUUACAUUGUAAAGAAUCACGUGACCUGUGCUCCAGUGUCUUAACCUUUUUCCCUCCAUCCACAAAGCACGUUGACGACCGAGUCAUGAAGAAUAUUAAGUGUACAGCCAACAACAUAUUUUUAUAACAAUCUACACUUUUUUCAUGGGAAUUUUGCAAUUUACAGCGUUUGUGCCUAAGUGUCACACCUUAAGCUCAAGACAUUUUGAAUUUGUGAUCCUUUAGGCUCAUGCGUCUGUGUUUCAUCAGGUAAUAUUAACUAACAUUAACUAAUAUUAACUAACGUGUGCAAAAUAUCUGAAUUCGCUAGAUACCAGUGUGCGUCAGCAUCAUUAUGAUUGAACAGAAGUAUCGAGAUCUUUCUCACCAUCAAGCUUUUACUUGAGUGUUGCUGAGCCUGCCAUACUGUCUACUAACAUGAGAAUAAAGUGUUGAGAACUGUUAAUGUCACAGUCGAUAUUAAAAAAAAUAUUGUUA